AUGCCUCUACAACACCUUAUGAAGCCCGCUAUGGCAGGCUUGGAAUUCAUGCCCCCCGCCACAACCUGGUCAUUCUUAAUAGAAAGCUCAUCGGGAAAUAAGGCACUCUUCGACCUGGGAGUCCCGAGAAAUCCCUUAGAGAACUUUUCCCCACUUAUUAACAGUUGGGCUAGUCACCACCAUUUUGACCACAUUGGAGACGUCACAACAUUCCCGGGGUCCACAGAGCUCGUCGUUGGCCAAGGUUUCAAGGAAGCCUUCUGUCCUGGAUACCCUACCAAUCCUGAUUCUCCCAUUCGGGAAGUCGAUUACGAAGGACGAACCUUUCGAGAAAUCGACUUUGAUAAGAAACCUCUCAGUAUCGGACCUUUCCGAGGGUUUGACUUCUUUGGCGACGGCUCUUUUUACCUCCUUGACACGCCUGGCCAUGCCAUUGGACACGUAGCUGGUCUUGCGCGUACUACCACCGGUCCGGACACUUUCGUAUUCAUGGGCGGCGACAUCUGCCAUCAUGGUGGCGAGAUUCGUCCAUCGCCGUACCUGCCAAUCCCACAACACCUUUCCCAACACUUAUCCUUGUCUGACUCACUCCGACUACUCAUGUCACGUUGUCCAGCGACCAUACUAGACGACGUGAAUGUCAAGCGUGGUCGCAACCCUGGAGAGACGUUCUUCGAUCCAAACAUAGGAUUUGACAAAGAGCAGGCAUUACAGACUAUCAAGGAGACGCAGAAGGCUGAUGCCCAAGACAACAUCUUUUUUAUCUUUGCACACGACAUGUCAAUCAUGGGCAUCGUUGAUGAGUUUCCAAAGACUGCGAAUGAUUGGAAGGCGAAAGGGUGGAGAGAGAAAACUCGCUGGAGGUUUCUGAACGAUUUUGAAGAAGCCGUCAAGGAGCAGGCGAAGUAG